AUGAAUAACCUAGACUCCUUGGUACAGACGCCUUCGGAUCGAUUAAGCCAGCUAUCCGGAAUUCCUCUUGACAUCAUCCUCUACCAUCUUGACAUCGCAUCAUUCACCAACUUACGUCUCACCUCACGCCAGCUAGCCACCAACACCAUCCACUGUCGUUUCUUCAGAUCUGCCAAGACCGGCCUAUCUGUGGCUAGUUUACAAUCUCUCACAGAUAGAGUCUCUCACCCUCAGCUGGGGCCCGUGCUGAGAGAGCUCACUGUUGUUGCAACGCUCUAUGACACCCAGCCAGCCGAAGCUACUGUUCAAACAAGAAAGAAAUGGUCGGGAUUCGACAAGGACGAACUCCGCCGUGAUACAGAGAAUUAUCACCAACGCGUUGAAGAUCUGCGCGAGAGAAACGUAGAUUGUACAGAUGAAGAAGUACAAGAGGCGCAGCAAGAUCUUGAAUGGAUGCAGACAAGAAUACAACAAGAUGCAGACAACGGUGGCAGCCAGGCCAUUCGCUCGUUAACCAGCAUCUUUGGAAUCGCUGUCAAUCUUCGUGUUAUCAAUCUAGACGCCUGUAUCAUCGGAGGUCGCACCAAGACCUGCUCACCAGCUGAACAUCAUCGAUGGUAUCGAUCCGACCACCAGAGAUCAAGUUGGCCCUCAGUCUGGGCAGCAGCAUCCGAAAUCUACUUCAUCGUUAUCUUGGCCAUAUCUCGCAGCAGGAUCCAACUCGAGAAACUCCACAUCUUUCCCGAUACGCCGUCAUGCAGUGUGCAGCUCAGCCAUGUUGAGCCUUCUUGGAUAGCCGUGGACGUGGAUGACUUUGCAUAUGCUUGCAAAAACAUCAGAUCUUUCAGACUGAGCUUCUCCACGAAUACAAGCAUCGGAGUAUCACCGCCUGCCCAAGGAGACCCCCUUUUUCGUCAUGCUUUUGCAGCAAGCUCUGGCUACAGGCCACAUCCAGAGUGGGAUCUGGAUGAUUGUGCCGACCCAGCCGCAGUUCUUAGAUUUAUGCACAAUCUCACAUCGCUGGAUCUUCAUUGUUAUCGCCCAGAUAAUCUCAUUUUCACAGAAUACUCCAGGGCUUUUUAUUUUAUCAGCCAGAGGAUUAGGCUCGGCUGUCUGAGGGACCUUUCUCUGUGCGGUCUUCCCCUGCGACCAGAUGACCUGAUUCUCUUCUUGACAAACCACCCUACUAUCACCAAGCUGUCUCUCGAAGGCAUUCUUCUAGUAGGCGGAUCAUGGUCACCUGUCUUUUCAUGCAUCGAAACUAUGCCCGCCCUGGAGAGUCUUCACCUCAGCUCCCUCAGCACGGAGUUCAGCCACGUAAUAAAUCUUGAUCCAGCAGAACGCACUUUUGAAGCUGACGUACAAGAUACGGAGAAGUGGGUUCCUUGUGGAGAUGGACAUAUCUUAUACAAACGAGAUAUGUGCAGAGAGGAGAUUCGGCAGGGACUGAAUUUUAGACCGCAGCCGGGACCUCGAAAUAUCUGGCGAGACAAUACGCUGGCAUACUUUAACCGUAUUCAGUAUGAGUUUGGACCUCCUUCGAGUGUAUGGGAUUGGGAUCCAUUGAAUGAGGAUAGUGCGUAG